AUGAGCAAAUUUUAUUCGAUUUUUAUGCAAAUGUGUGUGAUCGCCGCUUCGGUGCAAACUGGCCUGAGCAUCAAGUGUUACACGUGCGAUUCGACCAGCAACAAGGAAUGCAUGGACUUGAAGCAGAAGUCCGCCAUCGUCGCCGAGACUUGCUCCCCGAGCAAGAUGGCGUCCACGACCGGCAACUGGUUGGCCGACCUGACGCGCAUCGAUUACUUCGGCGGCAAGGAAAUCACCGUCCCGAUGGUCUGCCAGAAGAUUGUCGCCACGAAUGAAGUGGGCGAGACGAUGACGUACCGCGGUUGUCAGCUGGAUGGCGGCAAAAGCGACCUCUGCCAGAUCGCGUACGGCAAGGCGAAGGCACAGCGAGGCGUCAACAUAGAGUCCUGCACGAUCUGCAAGGAGGACGAGUGUAACGGGGCAGAGCGGGUGGCUGCCGGAAGGCUGCCGAUGGGGCUGGCCGGGGCCACACUUGCCCUGCUUGGAUUCGCCGUACGGCAGCAUUUCCUGUAA